CUCUCUCUGUCAGUCUCUUUCGGACUGGCUGGGUGAGUGUGUGUGUGUGUGUGUGUGUGUGCGCAGUAGAUAGAGGAAGUGUUAUUCGGCGUGUCACUCUCUCACUCUCUCAGUCGACUUCAUGUGCAUGGCGAUGUAGUCCAGAACAGAACUCUACAAAACAGUAGCACAUCUAUUUGCUUCUUUCCAUCAUAGCGACCACCAACAGUGACAUCAUCAUGCUGACAUGAUGGCAUCGUGGGUCUCUAACUCUAGCGACUGUAGCGGUAUGGAUUCAGAAGAAUUCGCGGCUCUCGACUCGGAAAUCUACCGAAGCCUACAAACCAUUCUGAGAGAGCUGGACACCUCGCAGUCUGUGGUCAAUAAAGGAAUGCUGAGGUGGACUUUGCAUAAGAAGGUGCAAUGUGAUCCUCAGAGGAGCCUCGCUUUGGUCCGAGUGACCAUCAAGGAGCUGGAGAGAGCUGAGAGAGUGGACCUGAAAACACACAUCAUCCCGCUGUUACACACUCUCAUGUACGCCGUCAUACAGGCGGUGUACAUCCCUGAUGAUCUGCAUAAAAGGCUUUACGAGUCGUGUAAGAGGAUGCUGACGCUGCCAGAGCCUUUCUGUACUGUAGGACUCAAUUACACUAGACAAUUAAAGGCUGAAGGAUACACACCAGGACUGCUGUAUCUAAGGAAGAUUAUGGCUGAACACACUCUGAGAAAUGAAAAUUAUCCUUUACAGGAACGUGUGUUUGUGUUUGUGGACCCAGUGGUGUUCUCAGAGUCUCUGUGCUCGGUGUUGAGGGAGGAUCUGGAGGCUGAGGGUCGGACGGAGACGCAGCUCAGCUACAUGCGUCAUGUGAUACAGCGCCUCCUACAGGCCACGCUGGGAGAGGACAACUGUCACGGCUCGACGCUCUCCAAUGCCCUGGAGGAGCUGCAGCAGGAUGUAGAGAGUUAUUUCAAUGAGGUUUUAGAGUGCGUUUAUCAAAAUGAACAAAACAACCUAACACAGCGACUCCAACAACUCUACACACAGCUGCUGCUCAGCACCGGCAAAGAUCCAUUGUGUCACGGCUCUCUGGUCGACGUUUCUCUUCCCAAUCCGGAUAUGAGCUUCCACGUGUGGUGGGAGGAGGAAGAGCUCUGGAGAGAACUGGCCAAAUUUGUGCGCAGCAGCUCCACCGAUAACUUCUGCAUCUCCAUGGAGGAUUUCGACAUGUCUGAGUUUUCCUCCUACAUGGACUCGGACAUGCCGCGUCACUCCAUCCUCUCCACGGACAGCGGCAUCGAGCGGGACAUGGCGCAGGGCUCGGACUCCGAGACGAAGAGCACGUUGCGUCUGUUGAGGCGCGGCGGGAUGAAGGUGAAGCCCUCGGUGACGGACAGCAUGGCGUUCUUACAGGAUGCUUUAGGCAGCGGGAGCGCUUUCCUCAAACAGCAGCAACGUCAGAGACACAUCACCGCUAACAUCGUCGUGAUGGGGGACGACCGCGUACUCGGGAGACUCGCCAGGGCUUACUACACACUCAGGAAAAGAGAAGCACGGAGACUUUUUCUGACCAUGAAAGUGAACAUAAAGAUGUUUUAUGUCCCCGUGUCCACGCAGCAGCUCUCCUCUCCCACCACGGAGAGUGUGUGUCUGCUGGACUCUAACCCGUGUGUGUUGGGUUCGUAUCUGGGGAAGGUGGACCCGUGGUACGAGUGUAACAUCAUCAGCCUGGGUCACAUGAUCCCCAAACUCGCCUCCGUGUGUGACUCCAGCAGGCCACACGAGCCCAACCCUUUUUUAGCUGAUGUCAUUUCCUAUUACGUGCGAAUGGGACAGCAGCCGGUUCAUUUCACCAUCUACUACGUGAAGAUUGUGUUCUGUAACCCGAACAAAGAGUCAGUGGAGGACGUCUUCCUUUCUCACGCCAGUAUCAAGUUCCCCGAGUUUACACAGCGUCACACCACCGGUAGAGACAUGACUAUUAGACAGAAGAAGCAAUCUGCAGAAGUGUGUGGUGCGCUCGUCUCGCUAAACUACAGGAAGGUGUCACUGAGCAACAGAGAAGAAGAGAGAGGUAUUGCGUUACGGACGACGAGAGUUCAGAUUUCAGCCGUAACCCCCAACAGAAGCCAAGAUGUGAACUGUCUCACGGUGGACUUCUGUGACGUGAAGCCCAAAUGUGUCUUGGAGCCCAAAAUCCGGACGUGCAGCAUGAAGCUGAAGACGACGGAGAGGACGGCGUUCACGCUGUGUCUGGAUAAAGACUCGCGCAGAACCUUCUACGAAGUUCAAAGUAUCGAGAUAGAGCCGUGUAAAGAUCCUGGAUAUUACAUUCAAAAGUCCAUGAGGUCAAAGUUCACGACAGAAGAGGACACGGACUCGGGACUGAGCAAGUUUAUGAAUCGAGGACUUCCUCUUUCGAUACACACCUUCUCAGGCAUCAUUUCCUGACAGAAAAAUAGAGAAGGAAGAAGAAACGCACUUUGGUGGACUGAGCUAACCGCUAACCGCUAACUAAUUGUGACCCUUGUAUUGUGUGGUUCUAUUUAAUAUUGUAUUCACAUAUUCACGUAUGUAUGAAGGUCACAGAGUUCCAUGCUGCUAAACACACACACUGAAUCGUUUCCCCUCAGUGUGUUUUAAAAAAAAAUCCCAGACAGUGGAGGUGUGUGUUUUUUAAAACCACAACUGUCAGAAUGACUUCCUCUUCCCUUCUCAGAAAUCAUUUUCUGAUAAAUCAAGAAGAAAAAGCAGGCUGGAGUAACCGUUUAGCCAACCGCUAACUAGCUAACAUGCUAACAUGCUAACACACUCCAUCGAUAGUCCCGUAGCGUGUUAAUAAAACCUGAACAAAUGUCAGGUGUUGAAGGGUUAACACAAACUCACACACUUGUUGCUGUUUUCCGGUUGUAUGUUUUCAAUAAUCUGGAUGAUGAAACAACAUGUUUACAAACCCGCAGCUAAUAUGAUCUUAUGCUAAUUUAUAAACAAUAAGCGCUUUCUUUCCGACAGGAACGUCCUGUCACAUGACUGCUUAACUGGAACCUCAUUAGAGAGUGUUAGCUAAACAGAACCAGCUAGCUAGGAGCAGUAUAAAAUUAAAUACAGCCACCUGACUAGCAUUACACCACGCAGUUGUUUGUGGCGUAGCUAAACAGCUAGUUAGCCUGGUAGAUAGCUACGUUUACUCUAUUAUAAGAUAUAAAAUAUAAAAUAAAAUUAGGUAUUAGAGAUCAAGAGCGUAGCUCAGACGGGUUCGUCAUGUUUGUUAGCUUAAAUGUUUAACGUAUAACGAUUAUUAGCGAUUUCAUUAUCACUGAGUUUUAUCACUCCAACACUAACACAGUGUGACAGUCAGCUCAUUUGCUGAAGUGUUGGCUUGCUAAGUAGAACACAUGCUAACUACCGUGUUUGCUAACUAUCUAGUGUGCUAAAUAACGACUUUGCUACCUAGCUAGCUCAAUAAGUAGCUAGCGGCGUGAAGAAUCAGAGCAAUAAAACACAAUCAAAUAUUAUUGGCAACCUGAAGAACUUUAUCGCUCCUGAUUACACGUUUUUUUUUUGUUUGUUUUUUUUUUAAAGGGAACUAUGUCCCAUCGAAACAGCAAAGCCUUCUGGGUAAUUUCUGCACAUUAAAAACAGCACUGAUAGAAUUAAAAUGAUUAAAUAUACUAUUAAAUAAUACGUAUAAAGUAUGAAGGGGAGUUUUUAAAGAAAAUCAAAGUAAAAAAUGAACAAAUUGUUUAAAACAGGUGUUACACUAGUGCAGUGGAUUUUAACUUGAAUUAUUUUUGUUUAGUUUUAUUUUCAAAUCGUGACAGAUUUGAUUUGAUUCUCUAUCACACUAGUUUAACUGUAAACGCUGUAACUGUUAAAUUGUGAAUAUUUGUAUGAUAAUCGAUUUGGCUUUUAUUUUGUUCGUCCCCUGAUGUUCUGAUUAACGUUUCACCCGUAAAAUGAAGAUUUUAUGUAAAAAACAAAGAAAGUUAAAAGGUAUGUAUAUGAAUAUUGUGAAUUAUGGAUAUUAUAAAUAAUAUAAAGUUUUUCAUUUAUGAUU